CAGCGGUAGAUCCAUGAGCGAAGAAAUCAGCGGCUGAAUUUUAUACAGUUAACCGGGACUGAGAGGAACCAUGCUGGAAUACAAACCUUAAAGCUCAUUCACGACUCGCAUCAGUUUGCAGUCGCUUCGGACAGCGGCGUGAUGGCUUUAAGCGCUUUGGUGGUAAGUUGCGUUUAUAAACAAUAAGUUAAAGGGGCAGUGCAUUGACCAAGAGGUGCGAUCAAGGAUUCAGUAUUGUUCGCAGAAGAUGUAGGACCGACCACGUUUGUCUGUUGAAUGCCGCGUGCGCAAAGUCACCUGUUGCAAAACAUCACUUUUUAAUGCCAUCUAAUUGGAGUUUGCUACGCAGAUAGUCUCUAAAAGAAGGAAUGUUUGCCCACAAGGAUCUGAUAUCUCUUCACCUUUGACCUCUUUGAGGACAUAAUUGAAACAUGGCAAGGUCUCAGUGACCUUAGAAUCCCAGUAAGAAUCAACGACGGGGUGUAAACAUAACAUACUGAAGAUACCUGGAAUAUAACCAUCUUCAACCGCGAAGCGAAACCAUGGCAACUAAAUGUAAAGACCAGUGGAAAGUAUCCAUGGAAACCACAAACUCUGUCUGGCUUAUGUUUUGGACCAUAUGGAUUUUUUUGGCUGGAGUCUUACAAGCAACCACGGCGAGUGAAGAUGAUGUCACAGCACGCAUCAGUUUCUCAUACAAUGCACAAGGACGAUCAGUGAGAGAGUUCUCUGUGGAUGGUGUGUAUAACUAUUCAAGCCUUCUGCUGAGCCCAGAUGAAAACAAGAUCUACGUGGGAGCCAGGGAGAACAUAUUCUCUCUCAGCCUGGACAACAUCAGCGUGACGUAUCUGCAGAAAACUCUCACAUGGAACACUCCUGACUCGAAGAGGAAAGAGUGUAUCUUCAAGGGAAAGGACCCCCAGACUGAUUGUUUCAACUACAUCAAGAUUUUACUGCGUCUGAACAGCACACACCUGUAUGUGUGUGGGACGUAUGCCUUCAGCCCCAUCUGUGCUUACAUUAACAUUUCAAGUUUCUCUCUGGAAAGAGAUGAAAAGGGGGAACACGUUAUGGAGGACGGACGUGGACGCUGUCCAUUUAAUCCAGAAUACAGAUCUACAGCUAUUACAGUUGAUGGGGAACUGUACACUGCCACUGUCAGUAACUUCCAGGGAAAUGAACCCACCAUAUAUAGGAGUCUAGGGUCUGGCACCCCUCUUAAAACGGAGAACUCUCUCAACUGGCUCCAGGACCCGGCGUUUGUAGGUUCUGCACAUAUUACAGGUUCGGACAGCGAGAGAAGUGAUGAUCAGAUCUACUUUUUCUUCAGCGAAACGGGGAAAGAGUUUGACUUCUUUGAUAACACCAUAGUGUCCAGGAUUGCACGUGUGUGUAAGGAGGAUCAAGGUGGUGAGAGAGUCCUGCAGAAGAAAUGGACCACAUUUCUGAAAGCUCAACUGUUGUGUUCUUUACCGGACGAUGGCUUUCCUUUCAACAUCAUACAGGAUGUAUAUGUGCUUCCAGCCCAGCGCAAGAAAAACACACUCCUAUAUGCAGUCUUUACUUCUCAGUGGAGUAAAGGUCUGGCAGGCAGUUCAGCGGUGUGUGUGUUCAGCAUGGAUCAGGUAGAAAAAUCCUUCAGUGGCCGUUACAAAGAGGUGAACCGAGAAACACAGCAGUGGUACACAUACACACACUCUGUACCUGAACCACGGCCUGGAAUGUGUAUCACUAAUGCUUCAAGGCAGCUGGGAAUUGACUCAUCCCUUGAUAUGCCAGAUAAGGUGCUAAACUUUGUGAAAGACCACUUCCUGAUGGACAGUCCUGUCAAAAGUCAGCCUGUGCUCUUCACACACUCUGUGCACUACACACAAAUUGCUGUACACCAAGUGCAAGGCCUCCACAGAGCUUAUGACGUGAUGUUCAUCGGCACAGAUGAUGGACGUUUGCAGAAGGCUGUGAAUGUAGCCGGUAUGAUGCACAUCAUUGAGGAGAUUCAGCUUUUCCCAGAGCAACAACCUGUACAAAACAUAGAGCUGGAUUCAGCUAAGGGUUUGUUAUUUGUGUCGUCACACUCUGGUAUUGUGCAGCUGCCAGUAGCAAACUGCAGUUUCCAUAACAACUGUGGCGAGUGUGUUUUGGCCAGAGACCCAUACUGUGCCUGGACAGGCACACACUGUGCUGACGUCACACGUAUCCCACCACAAGACCAAUGGCAGCAGGAUAUCAAGAAGGCAGACGCUUUAAAAUGUAACAGCAAAAUAUACACUGAGAGUUCAGUGUUACCACGUUCUUUCCCAAGUUCCCAAGAAUCUGAUUGCGAGCUCAUUACCGUCCCAGCUAAUACUCUUCGCCUGCUGCCCUGCAAUCUUCGCUCCAACCAUGCUCAAAGGAAGUGGUCAUACAAGCCAGAUGUAGGACAUUUUCUGUUCCCAAGCCCGGACGGUGGGUUAGUAGUCAGCGGCCAUGCAGGCGGCAAUGAGGUCUUCUCGUGUUGGUCAGAAGAACAUGGCUUCAGGCAACUCUUGGCCAAUUACUGUGUGAAGGCAGAGCCCUUAUCUGAGACCACAACUAAUACAGGGCGGAUGGAUGCACGUCUUAUAAUCCAAAGCAUAUCUUCGGACGUCUUGUCCGGUGAAUCAGCGCAUUUCGCUCAGCUGCGCAUAAAGACGUAUGGCACCGAGCUGGCAGUAGUGUGUGUGCUGUUAGCUGUUUGUGUGCUUUCGUUUGGACUGUCUGUAGCGUAUCGACACAGGGGCCGGAUGAAGGAGGUACUGAGAGGAGGAGAGCAAACUGCAGGAGCCCAAAAGAGCACAGUCAAGCCUGGGGAGAAUUUACCCCUCAAUCCUGGUGCGCUUCCAACCUCCCCAUCCGACCACAAAAGCUACCAGACAUUGGAGGAUAAUUGUGGUUACAUAAUUGCUGAGACAAGCACGCAGAACAACUCCAAGGAGGCACAAACACUUGCCCAAACACCACAGAAUGGCUUUAAAGAGACUCACGUGGAAGUCAGUGACAUUAGCCCUCGGCCACGAGUACGACUGGGCUCUGAGAUCAGAGACUCUGUGGUGUAAAAUACUGACGUUUCCGAUGAAUUUCCAUAAUAACGCAUAAAAAGUCUAACUCUCUUAAUGUUCACUUGGUACAUUCAAUGGGCAGCUUUCUUGAAGACUAAGCGUACUGAGCCCUGAGCAAAAAAAAAAAUAGAUGGGACAUGCUCAGUGUGUGUACUGCCAAAUUGUAGUUGUUUAAGACAAUGCCCUCAAAUCUACCCACAUCUCCUUCACUCUUUCAUGUUACAUGUUAAAAUAUGACACAGUUUAUUGUGUUGUUAUGAGUGCGCUGAUACAUUAGAGAUCGGAAACUACAAUCCAAGGAAGGGUGGACCAGAUGGUUGAACAGGAGAGAGAUGGGCAAUGAGCCUCGUGUUUUAUGAAUGGUACUGGUGCUAUUAUCACUGCCAAGACAAAGAGUAAUGAUGCCUAACUCAAGGUGAGAAGACUGUUCUAUAUGUUUGUUUGUAUUCCUUUGCUUUUUUAUGUGCAGGUGUUUAAUGGGGUACUCUAAAUUUGAGAUUUGACUAUUAAACAUAUAGUCCAUACUCUCAUUAUACUGGCAUUGAACACCAGGCAGUUCAGUCCAAGUUGCUUGUUAGUGUUAUAGAACACGGUUACUUUCUUAGCAGCUUAGAAAUCUGCUAUUAUUUUUAUUUAUUACCUUUUAAUUUCCGUUUUAUUGUUUAUUUUCUUAGUAUUUUGGUGUUUUCUAUUCUGUUAUUCUAAUGAGUUCAUGUUAGUAAAGUGCCUGGUGUUAAAUAAUGGUAUAAUGUGUAUAUGGAACUAUUAAAAGUGGAGUAAUUAUGAAAUAAAUAAUUAUAUUUGCUUUAAGAUCAAAUGUAGCAAGCGUGCGCGAGCGUUAAGAAAUUUAACCCUUGAAUGUACAUCUGAAGAGUUAUAUGGGAAUGUAAAGCACAAAAAAAUUGUGAUUCUGUUUUGCCACAUAGGCUGGUUGGUUAUUGUGUUUGGUACAGAAUAUAGAUGGAAUCUAUACAGGCAGAAACGAGGUAACGGUACUGUAUAAUGAUACAAUAUUACAGUAUAAACAGUAUGCUUGGUAUUUUGGUAGAGCGUGGUAAUGGAGGAGUGGUUAAUGCAAUGGGAAAAGGCUGAAAACGUCUGUAAAUUUGCAGCUUGUUUUUAAGGAAAAAAGAAUAAGCAGAAGUACAUUACAGGUUAUGUUCAUUUAUGGGUAUUCCAGACUUCAAACACACCCAUGCACUAAUGUUGCUAUUAUAGACAUCUGUUCCACUUGGAAAAGUCUUUUUAAUCCACAUUAACCAUGACAUGUUUGAUGUUGUUUAAUCAUGUGCUACAUUCCACUGUGUUUUCAGCUUGUGUGUUUUGAAUGGAAAAUGUAAAGUAGAUUGCGAUCUUUUAUAAUUUGACACUGUUUUACUGUUGUUUUACAUUGUACAUUCAUGCACUUUAUUUUUUCUACCAGUAUUUGUAAGCUGUAAAUGAGGUAGGCCACUGUCAACAUCAAAUUUAAUAUCGUAACCAAGGUUUGUACAGUAAUGAAGAGAUGAAAAUAGCGUCUGAAAGAGUGUCUCCACUGUCUGACAUGCAAAAUAAAAUUUUGCAUAAACUCAAA